AUGCCAACAACGCACCCUGCUACCGUCUUCUUUCUCCUCACGCUGCCCUUGGUUGCCCUCUUGUCUCAAGUCAGCGCAGGCCCUACUCAUGAUGCUUGGUCCCGUCUAUGGAAGCCCUGCCCAAGGGGCUGCGGUGACUUGUCGCCUACAGAGUGGGCUGUAUACAACCGCCUAGAUCAUCUUUCUGCUUGCAACCAGACAAUACGGCUUGCGUUCCCCUUGUACAACCCAUCAGGUGCUAUUCGGGCCUGUUCUGCCUCCUCCGAUUCCCAGUCCAAAAAGGCUGCACAAGGAGCUGUCUCAUCCAAGAAAUUUGCUGCUGAAGAGGUAACGCUUGAGAUCGGCUGGUGGGACGCCGAGACUUCUUCGACACCUACAGGCGUGAAAUCUGCCAUUGGAGAAGUUCGAAACGCCCUUUUGGCAUCGAAUAACAACGAAUCGACAACGGCGUUUAGCUACUCCGGUAACUCGCUUGUUGGUCUGUAUGCAGGGCAAAAGAUACUCCACUCUGAUGCCGCCACUACAGCCUUGAAGCAAUUCACUCAGUAUGUUGAGUCGCAAGACGCCAUCGGUCGAGUGCUCCUUCAGUACUGUGGCAUCAAUGGGAACAAGGGAUUCGGAAUCGUCGUUGAUACGACUGGAGACUUUGCUGCGGUACAACGUAUCAUGCGAGACUGGAACGAUGCCAAAUGCCAGACCGGUUUUGAUGGUAGCAAGAAGCUAUCCAACACUGCUUUACAUAUGGAGAAACCUUUACAUCAGGCAAGCUCUACCACUGGAGCUUCAGUCCACCAAACCCCGAGUCAUAGUGCUCAUCCUGCCCAUUCCCAUAAUCGACGAACGACCUGUGAGACUAUUCAGGUUGCGUCCGGCGACACCUGCGAAUCUCUCCCUAAGGAAUGUGGCAUAACCGAUGCGAAGUUUGAAGAGUACAACCCCGACAAGGACAUUUGUUCUAGCAUAUCAGUCGGCCAGCAUGUAUGCUGCACCACGGGCGACCUUCCUUCCUUUAGCCGCAAGGCAAGGGCCGAUGGAACCUGUGAUUCUGUUGUUGUAAAGCCUGGUCAUUAUUGCUCUACAAUAGCGGCUGCCAAUGACAUUACUGUCGAUGAUCUGGAGGAGUUUAAUAAGAAAACCUGGGGGUGGGUGGGGUGUGACAAUCUCCAAGCGCAGCAACGGAUCUGUAUUAGCAAAGGAGACCCCCCUAUGCCCGCCAGUGUUGACAACGCUGUCUGUGGUCCUCAGGUUCCUGGGACAGAAGAACCAACUGAUGGGAAAGACCUCGCUGAUCUCAAUCCAUGCCCUCUGAAGACAUGCUGCAAUACAUGGGGCCAGUGCGGUAUUACUGAUGACUUUUGCACGGAAACAAAAUCACCUACCGGAGCGCCUGGCACAGCGGCGAAUGGCACCAACGGCUGUAUAUCAAGCUGCGGCACUGAUAUUGUAAACAACGACAGUGCUCCAGAUGAGUUCAUAACGAUUGGGUAUUUUGAGGCCUGGAACUUUGAGCGCGAGUGUCUGAAUAUGGACAUCACGUUCUUCAAUUCCGCAGAAUACAGCCAUCUUCACUUUGCCUUUGCCGAGAUCACGGAGGACUACCAGGUUGACAUAUCUCCAGUGCAGGAACAAUUUGACAAGUUGCUGAAACUGGGCUCCGUGCACCGUGUUCUAUCCUUUGGCGGAUGGUCAUUCUCAACCGAGGCGGACUCGUUCCCUAUCUUCCGCGAAGGCGUCACCGAUGCCAAUCGAGAGCUCUUCGCUACGAACGUGGUAGAUUUCAUUGUUGAGCAUGAUCUGGAGGGAGUGGACUUUGACUGGGAGUACCCUGGAGCCCCAGAUAUCCCUGGAAUCCCUGCUGGUGACGAGGGCGAUGGAGAACGAUACCUGCAGUUUUUGAAGCUAGUCAGGAAGAAACUCCCAAAGAGCAAAACCUUAGCAAUUGCCGCGCCUGCAUCUUUCUGGUAUUUGAAAGGAUUCCCUAUUGCUGAGAUAUCAGACGUGGUCGACUACAUUGUCUACAUGGCUUAUGACAUGCAUGGACAAUGGGACUAUGGCAAUCAAUAUGCUAUCUCGGGAUGCCACGAGGGUGACUGUCUACGCUCGCAUGUGAAUCUUACAGAGACGACAAGCGCGCUGUCCAUGAUCACCAAGGCCGGGGUUCCUUCUUCCAAGAUCAUUGUCGGACUUUCCAGCUAUGGAAGGUCGUUUAAGAUGACCAAGGCCGGCUGUACUGGACCUAUGUGUAGGUUUGUAGGGCCAGACUCUGGUGCUGCACCGGGAAAAUGCACCAACACGGCAGGAUAUAUUUCGGAUGCAGAAAUCAACCAGAUUAUUGCGGAGGAUAGCUCGGCCGCGACAAAUUACGACACGAGCAGCAAUAGUAACAUCCUUGUGUAUAACUCCACAGAAUGGGUGGCAUACAUGGACGACGACACGCGAACCAGCAGGACAGAGUACUACGAGGAGCUCAAUAUGGGCGGAACCUCAGACUGGGCAGUAGACCUGCAGUCAUUUGGGGGUUCUGGCGGCGGCAGCAGCGGCGACAAUGGCCUCCUGAACCAGUCGAUUGUCUACAUCUCCCCCAGCAUCUGGACGGACGGCAAAGAUCCUGCACCAGUCCAAUGCCCAGCGCCCUGUGUGCUUGUUCUCCCGGAUUUCCCACUCAGCUCGACGUCUGUGGUUUCUCGUCCACCGUAUGUCACGACCCUGGACGUGGCCUGGCCAACGGCAAAAACAGUGACCAGCGAUGGCUCCGUCACGACGACUACAACGGUGACCCGGAUCCUACAGGAAACCACAAUCAAGGCCCCUGCAGUCACUGUGUCGUCGGUGCCCAUGGCCAAUAUUAACAUCACUGUCCCGCUCAAAGAGAACGGCACCAUCACCAUCACGCCGAAACCGCGUUUCCCAGCCCAGACAGUCACAGUUACAAAUGACCCUAAUCCGCUGAAGGAGACAGGUGUUACGCAUCCGCCAGUGACUAGGAGUGUGACUUUGCCUCCCUGGCCUCAGGGCACUGUCAUCUACUACCCAUCGGACGAUAUCGACGACGACGAUGAUGACGAUGACAACGACGACGACGAUGAUGACGAUGAUGACGAUGAUAACAAUGAUGACGAUGAGGACGAUGGCAACAACGACGACGACGACCACAUCGGGCUCCCCAUAAUCCCUCAUAUCACUGUAAAUGACGGACCCGGCCGUCCUCGCUGUAGCGAGAGCGAAGGCUGCGGCCACCUGUGCUCAGGCUUGAUCGACUACUGCUCCUGUUUCAUGUGCCCCGGCGGCGGCGAUGGUGGCUUCUCAGACCCCAGCGAUCCCAACCCUCCUCCACGCCCCCCCAGCGAUCCAGUGAACAACAACAAUGAGAACGAAAGCAGCUGCAGUGAGUCUUCCACCGCCACAGACUACUGGGUGUCCUGCGAGAGCCUGGCAUCGACAUCCACGUCGUGUACCACAACGAGCAGUAGGCUUGCCGUGGGUUGCGAUAUCACGGCCAGUACGACGACGACUGGCGAGAACGUCUGCGCCACCUUUGACCCGGACGAAGAUCAGGGAGACAGCAAUGGCGGUGUCAGUGGAGGUGGACCAACGCCCAUCACAACAGAGACAAAGACAGACACAGACACAGACACAGCCACCGAGCCAACCAUAACAACAACAUUCGAGCCCCCCGUGACUGCCACAACCUCCAAACCACCCGCGGCAACAGUCGCGGAGAGUUGUGCCGACAUCGGUGAUUAUCAUGGCAAAGGUCUUUGCUGGAACAAGUGCGACCCAGACACUGGGUCAACCGUCGGCGAUGACUGGAAAGAAGAUGACCCCUGGUGCUACCUGCAAAAAGAUGGGGACCCGGGUUAUGAUGCUUGGUGCUACCAGCUAAAAGACUGCCCGACUGGUGAGCUCUCAUGUUCCGACCGAUCAGGUUGCUUGGAUCCUAAGGCGAUUGGCUGCGCGGCCCUACCGGGCACUGCGAACUUCGUGUAUCAAUGCUGGAGCAGCUGUGAUCCGGCGACGGGGAAUAGGACCAAUGACGAGUGGAAGGAGGGGGAUCCGUGGUGCUGGAUCACUAAAAACUACAACUUUUUGGAUUGUGAGGAUGUGACGGACUGUUCGGCGGCGUCUGAGUGUGCUGCAGAGAACUCGUCUUAUGGAGGAUGUGGACCUUCGACCUAG